GUUAACUAAUAUGAUAUCGCAGUUUAAUUGGUUGGAAUCUUUGCUUUUGUUUCGUUAUAUAAUAAACGGUUGUUUAACGUUUAUAGGUUGUGGAAUUAUGGCUGACGCUGGUGAGUCAUCUCGUGUGAUUUUGAUCCCGAUUGAUGGCAGUGAUCAUUGUGAUCGAGCAUUUCGUUGGUACUUGGAAAAUAUGAAACGUGACACUGACUGCAUAACAUUUGUACACGUAAUAGAGCCAGUUUAUAACACUCCAGCCAUUGGAAUGACAAUGGAAUCUCCUCCAAUACCUGACAUGACACGAGUUAUGGAAGAAAGCAUUGAACAAGGUAAAAAGCUUGGUCAGAAGUAUAUGCACGAAGCUAAAAGUCACAAGCUCAAUGCUAAGGCGUUCUUACAUGUUGAUACCAAACCUGGGAGCUCUCUAGUAAAAGCAAUUUCAGACCAUAAGGCAAACGUUAUUCUGAUGGGCAAUCGUGGUCUUGGAGCUAUUCGUCGUACAUUCUUGGGGAGUGUUAGCGAUUAUGUUCUUCAUCACGCUCAUAUUCCUGUAGUUAUCGUCCCACCUCAAGAGAAGCAGUAACUUUUUCUUCAGUUAUAAUAUCCAUUCUCCAUUUAAGAGUUAGAAAUUAUUACUUUGUUUUUAAGUGAAGGAAGUUAAUAGCAUCAGGAAACUAAUUAUUCAAUUUUCUCUCUACCCAGCAGCGAAUUUUUGUAUAACUGAAUAACAAGUGAUAAAUUAAUCGUCAAGGAAAAGUUAUCAUUUGCUUUAUGACCUUCGAUUUUAUCUUUUUUUAAUUCACUUGUUAUUACAUAAAUAACUCAGUUAUCUGAAUUAUUUGUAAUAAGAAUGACAGUUUGUUGACUAAUAUGUUCUUAGUUCAUUGUCCUUUGAUUAUUUUCUUUUUCUAAAAUCUGUUUGGCUGAAAUUUCAGAAUCAGCUUUGUGAAUUUUGACAUCUUAACAUACAUUUCUUUGAUUUCUUUCCGUUUUUAAUGUCAAUGAAUUUGAUAGCCGAUAGCUAAUAAUAACUUCUCAUCAA